CUCUCUCUCUCUUCGCUCGCUUUUCAACGAAAUCUCGUUCUCACUGGCAUAAGCCACCCGCCUUCGCACUGUUACUCGUCUGACCACAAUACUAUGCCCAAAUUCAAAGCUCAGUUCCUCUCUCUCUAGAAUUGGAGAACUUCGCCUCCCCCUUCCCCUCAAGGGGGUUUCAUUCGGAAUCCCCGAUUUUGCAUACUCAUCUUUCGAUUCUUCGAUUGAAGGAUUAGAGUUUUGUUUUGAGAUUUUUUUCCCUUUUUUUCCUAGCCAAAAAGUCGGAUUUUUUUUUUCCCGGGGGGGCUUCCUAGGUUUCUUAGGGAAUUUUUCAAGAUGGGUUUGGAGUCAGACUCCGAGUGUUUCAGCAAAAUGAUGGCUUCGAUGCCGGGGUUUCGCUUCCACCCUACGGACGAGGAGCUGGUCAUGUAUUAUCUGAAGAGGAAGAUGUCUGGGAGGAAACUGAAGCUCGACGUGAUCCGGGAGACUGACGUCUACAAGUGGGACCCAGAGGAAUUGCCUGCGCAAUCUGGACUAAAAACUGGAGAUAGGCAAUGGUUUUUUUUCAGUCCUAGAGAUAGGAAGUACCCUAACGCUGCAAGGUCAAGUAGAGCAACGAGACAUGGGUACUGGAAAGCUACAGGAAAAGAUCGUAAUGUGACAUACACUUCCCGAACUGUUGGAGUUAAAAAGACACUGGUUUUUUAUAAAGGUAGAGCACCUAAUGGUGAGCGGACUGAUUGGGUUAUGCAUGAAUACACCUUGGAUGAACAAGAGCUUCAAAGAUGCCAAGGCAUUAAGGACUAUUUUGCACUCUACAAGAUUUACAAAAAAAGUGGACCUGGCCCUAAAAACGGUGAACAGUAUGGUGCACCAUUUAAUGAAGAAGAGUGGGCAGAUGAUGAUUUUGGAGAUUGUAAUAUAACCUGGGCUGACUUUGAAGUUCCAACACAGCAACGUGAUGGUGUUACUUCUGUUGAUACUGUCAAUGUUAAUGGUCCAUUGCAGCCGUUGCUUGAUGAUGAAAUUGAGGAGAUCAUGAAGAAACUUAUGGAUGAUGAGUCUCUCCACGAACAGCAGAAUGUGAAUGGUCGUCCUGCCUUACCUCCAGGGGUUGCUGAGGAAACACAGAAUGGCGUGGUUGAUCAAUUCUAUAUGGAAGUCAUGUUUCCUGAGCCAUUGGGAAUGUUUCACUCAAGUGGUGUUCAGCAAUGUGGCGUGGAUCCCAGUUCUGACUUCCCUCAGUCAGCUAUUUCUCACCUGCAAACGCCUGAAGCUCCUAAGUUCACUUCUACCCUUAACACUAAAGGGGCAGAAACUGGCUUGUGUGAGGAUGACUUCUUGGAAUUGGAUGAUCUCAUUGGUCCUGAACAUGCAUUGCUAAACAUCAAUAAGCCUGUGGAGAACCUGCAGUUUGAAGAUGGAUUAAGUGAACUUGAUCUGUACCAUGAUGCGCAGAUGUUUCUUCAUGACAUGGGGCCGAUUUCACAUCCGUAUAUGAACACUCUGGAUAAUGCUAUUGUAGAUCAAAAUUAUGAGCUGCUGUCAAAUCAAGAAAAUGCAAAUCAAACUGGUGAACUCAUGAUGCAUGCUCAAAGAAACAUCCUGCAUCCAGCAGAACACGUCAAUGUUUCUACACAUCUGCCAACAUCAGGUGUACUAUAUGAGUCUGCCAGAUUUCUUACUGAAAGCAAUGGGACUGAAGAAAGCACUGUGGGAGGCGUUGCUGCAAGUAAAUUAUCUUCUUCUCUCUGGAACUUUGUUGAGUCAAUACCAUCCUCUCCUGCAUCAGCAUCUGAAAAUGCUUUGGUGAAUCGGGCCUUUGAGCGAUUGUCUAGCUUCAAUAAGUUGAAGAUUGGUGUGAAGGACACAAACGUUGCUGCAGGUAAUGACACCGCAACUCUGAAGGGAGGAGGCAAAAAAGGGGCUAUCUUCCUUUUCUUUCCAGUUCUUGUUGCCUUAUGUGCUUUCUUAUGGGUUUCUUUAGGAACUUUAAGACUAUUAGGUGUGCCUAGCUCUUGAUAAUGUAGAUUCAAAGUUUCGCUGCUGCAUGCAUUUUUUCUAGGAACAUCCUGAAAUUAAGAAUGAAUGGAUGCUAUUUUCCAGCAUAUUCGGAAAAAAAAAAAAACAAAAGUCUGUGAAUAUUCUACUUCAUGUUGGCUUUUAGGUUAGCCUGAAUCAGGUUAAGAUUAAAAGAAAGGGACCUGGAAGGAAUUUAGCAAGGGCCUGCAGAAUUUUUGGACAAAUCUCAUUAGAGUUGUAAAAAGUGAUUACCCUGACAAGCUUUUUGUUUGUUAUUCAUAUAUAUAAGUAUAUAUUCCUACAUCACUCCUUUUUUGGAGAUUGAUUGUACAUAAAUGAGGACACAUUUGUGAAAUUUGACUGUAUGGUACAAAGUGUUAAUGUAAUCUUUUAUGUAUUGUCAGCCAGGUAGUUUAGCUCUGGAACUAGUACUUAUUGGCUAUUGCCUCUUAGAAUUAUAUGCAGAAGUUGGUGGAAUUAUAAACACAUUCGACA